AUGCUUCGACGAAGAAUACUGCAGGCGGGUCCUCCUCCUCCACUUCUUAUUACUAAUAUUAAUACUAUUAAUACUACUAAUACUAAUAAUAAUAAUACUCCAUACUCAAUUGUCUGCGUAACAUCAAAACGUGGUAUUAAGACACUUGAUGUACGUGAGUACCGACCAUUGGCAACACCCAUUGAGUUUCGUUUUUAUCAACGCUAUGCAAAUCACCCUAAUCGACAGUCUGGUAUACAGUUUCUCACUCACUAUAAUACCCACCAACGGUUUCGAGUGAGAAAAGACUAUAUUGAUUAUAUGCAUUGGGGUAAGGAACAAGGACAGGCACGUUUACCACACCGUCAUCAACGUGUGGCCUUUGACUUUCAUGAUAAUUUACAUCCAACUCUUACCAAUAGUGAUAAUAAUAAUAAUAAUGGUAGUUCACAAUCAUCCUGGUUUACAGAACAGGAUCCUUCACUCACUUCCCAUCCUGAUCUCGCUACCAAUUUUGAUCCCAACCGUCGUGAGUUUUCACACCCAGAGCAUUGGAAUAAAAUGUUUUCUAAACGACGCCCUGGUGAGGGAAGUAUUGACUUGUCGGUAUUACCCUCGCAGAGUCUACUCGGUCCACUCAUGCGACACAGUGAUACCAAAGGUAAUGGAUACUUUAAAGUGGAUAACCGUGGACACACGGAUGGAUUAGUGCCUGGUGUGAAUACCCCUUUUCUCGGGGAGUUUGAUCAAAAGAUGAUGCAGGCCAUGUCAAGACCAUUGAAUGCAGAUCGAACGAUUACCGGAAAUGAUGGACGUUUUUCAAAAACAAUUAUGAUAAAUGAACCAAAAACACAUCAGGCUCUCAGUGCAAAGACGGCUAGUGAAUUGGCUACGGAAAUUGAUAAGGCAACCAAUGCGGUUUACUCAAAAUUAACCGUUUUAGAAGCGGCACAAUCUGGACUCACAAAUUAUUUUUGUGGUGGUUUGAAUUUUGAGAUGCUUGGAUUUGAUUUACAAAUGGCAACCAUUCUACGAAAUCAGGCACGUGCUAUUCUUGAUAAGAGUACUGAAACUUCAGGAAAAACAACAACUUCUUCUUCUUCUUCGGGUUCUCCUUCCACAUCUACUUUAACUAAAUCUCAAGAACGUGAAGUGGAGAUGUUAUUACGAGAUGCGGCACGUUAUGAAGAUCGAGUAGAUGAUACUUUACGUCAACAUGCAUCACUUAUCUGGCGAGUAUAUAAUGCUCCCAGACCUUUAAUGACACUUACAAAUGGAAAGUGUCGGGGAACUGGAUGUGGAGUUUCACUUUAUGCGAAAUACUGUGCUCUUAAAGAUUCAACAGAGUUUAUAUUUGAUGGUCCUAAUUUGGGAGUUACCCCAUAUGGAGGUCUUACUCGACUUCUUGCACGAACAGAAACUUCAUUAAAGUAUCCUGGACUUGCAGAGUUUGUCAUGUUAACAGGUACUUCUCUCUUUGCUGGAGAUGCCCUUCGACUUGGUUGGACAGAUCUCUUUACCACUAUACCAGAUAUGAGUUAUUAUAUUAAAGAAUGGUUUGAUAACUCUGAACAUAUGCAUAAUGAUGCUAUUGCCUGGCAAUUAGGUCAUCUCUUAGAUACAUGCUUUAAAAUGCGAGAGGCACAUUCCUCCGCUAUGGAACGAGCUGCUCUUUCACCCACUCGAGCUCGUUGGGUGGAGGAUGCAUUUGCGGAUCAACCAUCUGUUAAACACAUUAUGGAUACUCUUAGUGAGAUUGAACAAUUGCCUCUUACAGCCGAACAUAAUACAUACGAUGAUUCCAAAUGUACACCAUACACUUUAGAAGAUGUCGCCGCAGGGUUACAGAAGUUAGAGGAACAUCGUCUGCGGUAUACACUCUCUCCAUGGGAUAUCACACCACCAGAGGAUGAAGUGGCACUUCAACAUGCAUCUGAAGUAUUUAAUGCCUAUGUAUUAGAACGACAUGGUUCUGUAGAUGUUGUAGUUCACCGAGAUGCGGAGAAAGUUGCUAAAUGGAAUCGACAAAGACAAAAGGAGUAUUAUGCUUAUCGCAGUCUACAAGAAGCUCCUCAUCCACGUCAUGUGUAUGCUCGACUUGAAGGGUGUGAAGGAAAACUUGUUUCAUUUGAUUUUACCUUUUUAAAGGAUCAGAAACAAAAUUCCAAUUCUAAUUCUAAUAAUAAUAAUAAUGAUAGUAAUAAUAAUCUGGAGGAGUUUCAUUCCACAACACUUCUUGAUUCACUGAAGCGACAAAUACUUACUUCUCUCGAAAUGCCUACAGAUCGUGACAUUGAAUUAGGUUGGUAUUUACCAACAUUAGAUACAUGUCCUGUCUAUAAUGAUGAAGAACUUAUGCAGGUACUUCACGCUGAUCCAGGUAUUGAAGAUCCACAAUCACGUUUGAAAUAUCCACCUAUUUAUUUUAUAGUAAAACGCAAUACACUCUACUUUUCUGAAUGGGCGUAUGCGGUGAAACAUCAAAUGUUGCUUCAAUCACCUUUUGCAUUACGGGCAACUUUUGAACUGUUAGCAGAAGUACGUGGGGAUGGUUCAGCAGAGCGUGUGAUGCCCCUUGCAGAGACUCUUGCAGUAGAAUUUAAAUACUUUUCUCGAUUGUUGCGUCGUCCAGACUUUUACAAUGUUGGUGUUCACACUGAUAAGUCUGCAGAACAAUGGGAGGAGAUUCGUGAGGAGCGUAGACGCAAUAUUCACAAAACACAUCUCCCAACUCGACCACUACCAGACUUUGAAAGUGUCUUUGAACGAGAUGUUACCCUAGAUGGACACACAUUCCGUCUUCGUCCACGCUGGUUUCCCCGUACAUUACAAGAUAUCUCCGAUAAUGAGAUCUUGCGAUUACGUACACCACUCUCAUAUGAUGUGGACGCUAUUGUGCCGCUGCAUGUCUCUCUGCAGUGCUCCACCGCCGAUCGUCUCCCUUUCAUGGUGGAUGAUGCUGGCGGUGCGGAAGUUGUGCGGGGACUCGGCGAGUGUGAUGGCAGCACCGGUGCCCCACUGGCCCCCCCACUCACCUCCAACGCGCACGUUCCGACGAAUGUGAACUUUUACGAAAUGGCCCGUCAUCCGUGGGGCGAUGAGGCCUCGUCGUGGCGCCGCGAUGGACACACGGCGGGUUCACUCGAACACUACGAGGCGCAGUACCGCACGGCUGUGCAGGCGGUGUACGAUGAGGCGGGCCGCGGGGAACACAACUAUUGGCCCUCGCGUGAGGCCUGCGAGGGUGUGAGCGGUGAGGAAGAGGAUAAUGCAUUAUUGCAACAACGUCUCUUCACACCACUGGAGGAGGCGGGAACAAAUGUGGAGCCAUGGGCACGUAAUCUUCGCCGGAAUGCAAGUGAAGGGAAAUUGGCCUACAAGGCGGAGAUCGCCACACAAGAGGAGAAGAUAUAUGAUGAUGAGUACUACCGAUGGUUUAUUCAACCCGGACAUCACCCCAACCCCAGUGGACUCAUCUCAGGGCAUAAGAAAUCAUCCACAACUCAGAGUGGUAUGGAUGAGGCAGAACUGGAACGUAUCUGGCGCAGUGUGGCGGCUGAAGAUGUUACUACAGGCACAACAGAAGGAGUGGAUGAAGUGGAUGUUACUACUAAUCAGGAAAUUGUGGAGGAGGAAACACUCAUGGCUGAUCCAGUCCUCUCCACAGAUGGAGAUGAUAAUAAUUGA